GCUCUGAAUCGAUCACAGACGGACAGUUGUUAUGCGGUGGUCUUUUCUCGAACGAUGUGCUGUCCACUUGGUUCUCCUCGAUCGCCUUGCUUCAUUGCAUUCGAGAUAAUCCGAGAUUGAAGGAGGAAUUGUUGCGUGUCCUGUUGGCUUCAAAUCCGGACGGGACUCCAGUCAGUCUACUGCAACAGUGCUUCCAAUGGCUUGUUCAAGCAAAUCGACCACAAACACGCAUUGGUAUUCUACAACUAUUGUGCACUUGGUUGGCACAUUGUCCUGCAGCAGUACGUCGAUUUCUCAGUGCCCCGUCAAAUGAGCCCGUGAACGGGGUCGCAUCCCAGUCCGCGUCCACGGGAUCUGUCGCACGCGGGGCCAAUUUGUCCGUACUGAUCGCCGAGGUGGCCACAGUCGUGAAUGAGGACGAGACGGAAGUAGCGGUACGCGGUCUGAUCACUCUGCUUACCUGUAUUUGUGUACUAUUCAAUUCGAACGACGUACCUGGAUUCGAUCGGUAUGUGUCUGUUUCCAGUUCCUAUGUUUUGUUGUUUUUGUUUGCUGUUUUUGUUUCAAUCUUUUACUUUUUUAUCCUUACUUCCUAUUAUUGA